AUGAAGGUUGCAAUCAAACGCCUUCGUUUACAUUUAGGAGAAAGGCAGGGUUUCGGACGAUUUCACCCCAAUGAAUGCAACAUUUGGUCGAUGCUUGACCAUGUCAACAUUUUACCGCUUCUAGGAUUUGUACAAGAAGGAAAGGCCUAUGCUCUCGUCUCUGAAUGGAUGGAAGACGGAACUCUCUGUGAAUAUCUGCAGAAUCGUAUACGUUGUCCAAUUGAAGAUAUUAUACUAGGAAUUGCAAACGGUGUUGACUACCUGCAUGGCCAAAAUCUGGUGCACUGCAACCUUAAAGCGGAUAAGAUUCUUAUCAAUUCUCUUGGGAAGCCUCUUAUAUGUGGUUUUGGUAAUUCGCGAAAACUACAGAUUCCUUAUGUGAGGACCUUUGAGGGACUCGAAGAAUCAAUCAGAUGGAUGGCAUACAAGCUGUUUGAUUUUUCUGGUGACAGACAUCAUACAAAGGAAUCAGAUGUAUGGGCCUUCGGAAUGACUGUCUAUGAAAUUCUUUCGAAACAGCUACCAUAUGCACACUUGGAAAAUAAUGCAGUGGUAUUCUGCACCAUUUUUGGGAGAUAUGCGAAAAGUGUUGGGUAA